AUGGCCAGGCAUAAGUACAUCGAUCCAGCAACCUAUCCCAGCCUCUCCGACCACGAAAUUGCCACCGUCCGGAACAUCUACGCCUUCACCGAGGGGUACUUCCAAGACCCGCGCUUUGACGCGUCCCAUGACUUCAACCACGUGCGGCGAGUCCUCAGCAAUGCUCUAACAAUCCUUGAAAAGGAAGAAGAGGAGCGGAAACAGAAGGCUUUGCCCGCGUUGAAUCCUCUGAGUGUCAUUUUAGGCGCGUUGUUGCAUGACGUUGAGGACAAGAAGUAUGUUGAUGUGACAACGGAGCGACAAAAGCUGAGUUUGCGAAAGGCGGUGGUUGAAGCCGGGAUGCCAGACAGCUAUGCUGAGCAUAUUCAGUUGUUGGUCGAGGGUGUAUCGUAUUCCUCUGAGGUGAAGAAUCCUCGACGCGUUAAAGAUCUCAUUGACGCCAUACCAGAGCUGGCUAUUGUUCAAGACGCUGAUCGACUUGAUGCCAUUGGCGCCAUUGGAAUUGCUCGAUGUUUCACAUUUGGUGGGGCCAAGGGUGCUAGGAGUUUGCAAGACUCGAUUCAGCACUUUGAGGAUAAGUUGCUUAAGCUGGAGGCCAUGAUGAAGACUGAGACUGGAAAGGCAAUGGCGAAGGAGAGGUCCGGCAGGAUCCGUGAGUUUAUGGGGUGGUGGAACGAUGAGGUUGGUGCAACUGGUACAUCAAGUUGA